GUCACUUAGCGUGACGUCAGCACAACAACAAUCUGUCAUGAUAGCUCACCGGAGAGACAUUGAACCCAACACAAUUUCAUAGCGGAUCUUAUGAAACGCGCUUUGUUUAGAUGUGACACGUCUUUUCUAAGUGUUCGAGAUCCAGGCAGGACAGGGUGUUCUUAAAACCUGUCAGUUCAGCCAGCCGAAGAGACGGGGAACAGGAUUGGGAAGCAGGGCGAGGCGGGCCCCGCGGAGCCGGUGGAGAAGAUGGCUGGCAGCCCGGAGAAGAGUUCCACCGCGCAGGAGCUGAAAGAGCAAGGGAACCGCUUGUUCCUCUGUCGCAAGUACCAGGAGGCUGCUACAUGCUACAGCAAAGCUAUAAACCGGAACCCGUCCGUGGCAGUGUACUACACCAACAGGGCCCUGUGCCAUGUGAAGCUGCAGCAGCACGACAAGGCUCUGGCAGACUGUAAGCACGCCCUGGAGCUGGACAGUCAGUCAGUCAAGGCCCACUUCUUCCUGGGGCAGUGUCACCUGGAGCUAGAGAACUACGACGAAGCCAUCGGGAACCUGCAGAAAGCAUACAAUCUGGCAAAAGAACAGAGGCUGAAUUUUGGAGACGACAUCCCGAGCGCCUUGCGUAUUGCCAAGAAAAAGCGUUGGAACAGCAUUGAGGAGAAGCGCAUCAACCAGGAGAACGAGUUGCACGCUUAUCUCAGCAAACUCAUAUUAGCUGAGAAGGAGCGAAAACUUGAAGACUACAAGGAAAAGCAGGACGAAGAUCAAAACGGAGGCGACGCGGCCAAGAUUGCAUCCAAACAUGACAAGUACUUAAUGGACAUGGAUGAGCUCUUCUCUCAAGUCGACGAGAAAAGAAAAAAACGCGAGAUCCCAGAUUAUCUGUGUGGAAAGAUCAGCUUUGAGCUGAUGAGGGAGCCGUGCAUCACACCCAGCGGGAUCACCUACGACCGCAAGGACAUCGAGGAGCACCUGCAGCGAGUGGGCCAUUUUGACCCGGUCACUCGAAGCCCCCUGACCCAGGACCAGCUGAUCCCCAACCUGGCAAUGAAGGAAGUGAUCGAUGCCUUUAUCCAGGAGAACGGUUGGGUGGAGGACUACUAAGAGUUGGAACCCCCCCUUGGCCACCUUGUCCCCCAUUUCUCCAUCUUAAAUCAACAUGAGACUGUCGAGGACACUUCACCUUUGCGCAGUUAUGAACUGUCUCACUAUGGACGACCAAACAGGAGAUGCCGCAACCCUUUGAAUCCUGCUCUGAACCUGUGAGGCUGUACUCCCUUUAAGACUGUCCCACCGUCUACACUUUCAUCCUCCGAUUUCUUUCCACAACAUGGAGGCCAUUCUCUCGGUCUAUUUCUAUCUCGAGUGCCACAAUCCCAGCAAAGCAUCACCUAAUGCUCUCGUGUCCUGCCAAGGGAAAAUAUGUUUUUUGCAUUCAUUGAAACACUUCAACCUGAAAUGGUAACUAUGCCAAAAAAUUACGUUGUCAUUGAGGGGGGUUACUUUGUAUGCAAGUUUACAUGACAGUGGAGGGGGAAAAAAAAAAGUGUGUGUUUUCACUGUUACAAGCUUCACCUCUAGAUGGCGACACAAACCCUUUUGAGCCUCGGCUGCACGCUUUUGAUUGAUGAGCUCUUCUUGUUAAACUCAAGUACAGACAAUUGAAUAAGAUGAAUGUAUGCAUUCUGUGUUGUUUAGUAUGGAGCUGAACAUGUUUUUAAACAGGACACGUUCUUCUCUUAAAAAUCAGGCUCGAACUGGAGAAAUUAAUGAAAAAAAUGGCUGCUGGAUUUUUAUAAAUGCUGAAUAUUCCAUUAAAUGUGUGAGUUUUGUUUAAAGUAAAAAAAAAAAAAAGAACUUAACUGAUCUAAAGACAUCACUUAAAACAAGCCACUUUGGAUGCGCACAAAGUUGCGCAGCGACGCAUACAAAAUUGCUGUUAGCGGUUAUCUUUUCAUGAGAAAUCUGUUGCUUAAACAAUCAUCAGUGUGGAAAAGUAUAGGUCAAAGUUCACUGUGUCAUCCGUGAUCCUGAAAUGCUGGACAGAGAGCGUAAUUUAUCAUCCAUACCUCCCAGCUUUCCUGAAAACUCCACUUUGCAUUGACUGAUAUUUUAGCAAAGUGUAUCACGACCGGCUGCAGACAGUGUACAUAAUUAUUAGCUUUGUGUAUCUCAGAUCUUCUUUUCUGACAAAAUGGGCUAUUUUUGUUAUUUUUUUCUUUCUUGCUGUCCUCCGGUGUAUUAAAUGUAGAUAUGUUGAUAACAUAAA